AUGAAGAGAAGCUGGGAAGAAAGACUGAAGAAAAUAGAAGAACUAGCAUCUUACUAUGAAAGAAACCCUCUUCCUCCGGUUUAUAAACCAACACUGUCCAAACCCUUUUUGCCGUCCCCUGUUUGGAAAAUAUUUUGUCGGCAGGCUGAAGCUUUCAAUUAUGUAAAAUCCUGCAAAGAGGAUGUUCAUGUAUUUGCCUUGGAAAAGAACACACAAAGUGGACAGAGGUUUUACCUUGUGACCUCAUAUAAAGAGCUUUGGUUUUAUUACACCAAAGGUUAUAAAACAAGUCUUAUGCAUUGCUAUGAAGUAAUUCCUGAAAGAGAUGCUUGCAAACUUUAUUUUGAUUUGGAGUUCUACAAACCAGCAAAUCCUGAUGCAGAUGGCAAGAGUAUGGUUGCAAAGUUAAUUGAGCUUGUCAGCCAAAACUUAAAAGAACUUUAUGAUGUAAAUUGUUCAGCCAAAGAUGUCUUGAAUUUAGAUUCCAGUACUGAUGAAAAAUUUAGUCGACACUUAAUAUUUCUACCCCAAAAGGCUGUAUUUAAGGAUAAUAUUCAUGUUGGUAACUUUGUGAGGAGGAUUCUGCAGCCUGCCAUAAGGUUAAUAGAGAGUAACGCUGCUGCUGUGAUUCCAGAAGAAGGAGCAGGACGUGUUUUUGAGUGUUCUGCAGAAGGAUCUGGUUUAGAUGGUUCUCUUACAAACCUCACAGCUGUUGGAGAUGCCUCCAAAGACCGGCCAGCCAUUGCUCACAAAACAAAGGAUACAGAAACAUCACACCAGGGAGAAAAUUUGGAAUUUUCUUUUCUAAUAGUAAAUGAUAAAGGUGGCAACAAGCAACUUUUUGUGGAUCUAGGAGUUUACACAAAGAAUAGAAAUUUCCGAAUGUAUAAAUCGUCAAAAGCAGGAAAAAAUGUGAUUCUGAAGAUAGCAGAGGAUAAUAAAUUUGUCCCUGAGUGCGAACAGAAUGUCUCCACAGAAGAGGCGUAUUUUCUUUCCUCUUUGGUCUGCAAUGUUAGAGUGAGGGAUGACACAAAAGUUCUGUCAUCUGGCUUUUCAGAGGAGGAGGAGAACGUGUCUGCAUUUUUGAACAGUCAAACUACCAGAAGCAAUAGAGAUUCCAUGGAUGGCUAUCAGGAUUCACCGUAUCCAGAAAUUGAUCGUUUUGUUCGUUCUUUGGUUAAUAAAGAUGGGGUACAAGGAGGAAUACGGCGAUGGAAUUAUUUCUCACCGGAUGAAAUACUUGUGUAUGAUAUUUCUGGUUACCGGUGGUGUGAAAAUAUUGGAAGAGCUCACAAAAGUAACAACAUAAUGAUUCUGGUAGAUCUAAAGAAGGAAGUGUGGUAUCAGAAGUGUCACGAUCCAGUCUGCAGAGAAAAAAACUUCAAAUCACAAAGUUUUCCACUACCACCUAGGAUCUGUCUACCAUUUCUUUUCAAAGAGGAAGAAGAGUGUGAAAGCAGGAAUACAGAAGUAAAGCCCCAUUCUGAUGUGUUAGACUUGUCAAAAAGCUCUGUAUAUCUAGAAAAAAGCUUGUCUCAAGGCUUCCUGUUGUCAGACAGCGAGUGGGACAAUGCAAGCGAUGAUGCCUGUUUCUUAGAAGCUACUGAAGAUGUGGAACUAGCUGAAGCUGCAAAUGACAGUCUGAAUUAUUCCAUGGAAGAAAUUCCUGAUGAAAUUCUUUUGGAAGCUUUAAGGAAACAGGACACCUGCAAUAAAGAAAGCAGCUAA